GAUCUUUGGUGAGCCGCUAGGAGGUGCUGUUUACCUCUGUUUGAGCCACACAUGACGGUGUGGACUGUGCCCGCUUUGUGGUGGUGAACUCCUGUUUGCCUGGAGUGGCACAAAUAGAUGGGCGUGGCUUUUGAGUCCACGCCCACGGGUUUACAGACAGCACGCGAGAGCUUUUCUGCCAAGAAACUCCCCUCCUAGUGAGCAGAGGUCGACCGGUCGAUACUUUAUUUUCUCCUGCUGUUAUUUACAUUUCUGCCCAUCAAUGCCUUCGGUUGAGAGCCUUACAGUCAACUACGACUUCCUGAAUGAGCAGGGGACGUUUUCCGAAGGCGACAUAGUCACAGGAAAUGUUACUCUUACUUUGGCGAAGGAUACCAAAGUUCAGUCGCUUUUCGUCAAAUUGAAGGGAGACGCGAACGUGCGAUGGUCAGAAAAAAGAGGAGACAAAACCAAAGUGUACUCUGCUGAUACCAGAUACUUUAAGCUGAAGCAGUUUCUGACCCCAGAGGGCUCUGAUGAAACGGCGUUGCCUCAGGGGAUCCAUGUAUACAAGUUCCGCUUUCAGAUUCCCCCAGGAAGCAUGCCAUCCUCAUUCAAGGGGUCCUAUGGAAAAAUAGUCUACAAAAUCGAGGCCAAGCUGAGUAGAAGUUGGAGAAUGAAUGACACUGCAGAAAAGGAGUUGGUGUUCAUAUCCAAGUUUAUCCCCAGUCUUCAAUCACCGAUGACACCACAGUCUGGUUCAACUCGAAAGGAGAUGGGACUCUUCUCCAAAGGACAUGUGGAAUUCGAGGCUGUCCUUAACAAGAAAGCUUUCGGUGCAGGUGAAAACAUGGAACUUGUUUUAUCAGUUGACAACCCUUCCUCCAAAAAAGUGAAACCCAAGUUGAGUUUAACCAAGAAAAUCACCUACUAUGCCAGAGGAAGUACCAAGAGCUCCACAGAUGAAAUCAACAAGAUGGUUUUUGACCCCAUUGAGCAAAACACCAAAAAAGAGCUCAAGUGUGUCAUGGAGAUUCCUGCCGAUCAGGGACCAUCAAUUCAGAACUGUGAUAUAAUUAAACUGGAAUACACCUUAAAGGUGUACCUGGACAUCAGCUUUGCUUUCGAUCCAGAGAUAAUCUUCCCCAUAACUAUUUUACAUUCCGACGUAGUUUCUCGCUUUCAGCAUAACGUCGCUGCUCCUAGUGAUUUUGGUGGCCCGAGCAACAGCGUCUUUCCUCCACCUGCUGUCUCUAUGGGCCCUUACCCUGUAUCUCCUCAAGCAGGAGGUUACGGAUACCCUGCAGCUCAGGGAUUUUCAGCACCUCCUCCAGAAUACCCAGGUCAGCCUCAACCGUAUGCUGCUCCUCCAGGCAUGUACCCUCCUCUGCCUCCAACGUAUGAGGGCUACAGCAACGCAGUGCCACAGCAGCCUUUUCCUUAUGGAUCUGGAGUUUCUACAUCUCACCUCUCACCCACUGGCCCACCAAAUCACCAACCUCCAUCAGCCCCACCCAUGGAUCCACAAUCUUCCUCACCUUCUCUAGCACCGCCAGCCUACAGCUCUUUGCCUUCUGCACCUCUGGUGAAUGAAAAUUUCCUUUCUCAAGGAGACAAAGCUCCGUUGGAGUAAUCCAUUUCUUUUAUCCACUCUUUAUAUCUGAUACCAAAUAACCUCAAUAUAGUACCACAUGCCUUGUGACUCGUUGGUGUAAGAGUGCAUGUAAAUUGCAUGCUAAAAAAAUAGGAUGAGCAUUUAGAAGUUGUUUAUAACAGAAUCAUAUUUACUGGUUGGAUAUUGAAUGCAAAAUAGUACUUAAUGAACGGUAAGAGAUCUUGCAAAAGUUUUAUCCAGCAGAAGAUGUUGUAAUAGCAUUCAUUUAUUAAGAUGCACUCCAUAUUAUGCCACUCCGAGAGUUCUUUUUGAAAAUAUUUCUCUACAGCUUUAUGUGAAAGGUGCUCUCGUGUUUUUUUAUUUUUUUAUUCAAGAAAAUUUUUAAACGUUGAAGUCCUUUGCAGACUUUUUGUUGAUUUCCCUAAGUGCCUGUACUUUUUGUGUUGGAUAGGUUGGAAUAAAUAUGUUAUCUCACA